AUGCGCGUGGUGGUGAUUGGAGCGGGCGUCAUUGGGCUGUCCACCGCCCUCUGCAUCCACGAGCGCUACCACUCGGUCCUGCAGUCGCUGGACUUGAUGGUCUACGCAGACCGCUUCACCCCGCUCACCAACACCGACGUGGCUGCUGGCCUGUGGCAGCCCUACCUCUCCGACCCCGGCAGCCAACAGGAGGCGCAUUGGAACCGGCAGACCUUCGACUACCUCCUGGGCCACAUCCAUUCUCCCAAUGCUGCGAACAUGGGCCUGGCCCCGAUCUCGGGCUACAACCUCUUCCACGAAGCUGUUCCGGACCCUUCCUGGAAGGACAUAGUUCUGGGAUUUCGGAAGCUGACCCCCAGGGAGCUGGACAUGUUCCCCGAUUACAGCUAUGGCUGGUUCAACACAAGCCUGACUCUGGAGGGGAGGAGGUAUCUGCAGUGGCUGACUGAAAGGUUAACCGAGAGGGGAGUGAGGUUCGUCCAGCAGAAGGUGGAGUCCUUUGAGGAGGUGGCAAGAGGAGGUGCUGAUGUGAUUAUCAACUGCACCGGCGUGUGGGCCGGGGCGCUGCAGCCGGACCCGCUGCUGCAGCCAGGCCGGGGGCAGAUCAUUAAGGUGGAUGCUCCUUGGAUGAAGCACUUCAUCAUCACCCAUGACCUAGACAGAGGCAUCUACAAGUCCCCGUACAUCAUCCCAGGGAUCCAGGCAGUGACUCUUGGAGGCAUCUUCCAGCUGGGGAACUGGAGCGAGGUGAACAACAGUGAAGACCACAACACCAUCUGGGAAGGCUGCUGCAGAUUGGAGCCCACACUGAAGGAUGCCAAAAUUGUUGCUGAAUUGACUGGCUUCCGGCCAGUACGCCCCCAGAUUCGGCUAGAAAGAGAACAGCUUUGCUUCGGAUCUUCAAACACAGAGGUCAUCCACAACUACGGCCAUGGAGGCUACGGGCUCACCAUCCACUGGGGCUGUGCCCUAGAGGCGGCCAAGCUCUUUGGCGAGGUCUUGGAAGAAAGGAAGUUGCUCAGGAUGCCACCAUCUCACCUCUGA